AUGUCAGCCAAGUCCAUCCUCGAGGCCGACGGCAAGGCCAUCCUCAACUACCACCUCACCCGCGCUCCCGUUAUCAAGCCCACUCCUCUUCCCCCUUCGGCCACACACAACCCCCCUUCCAAGCUCGCGUCGCUGCACUUCGCUGCCGAUGAGGACAUCAAGGGUGUGCUCGACCAAGCCGAGGCCACAUACCCAUGGCUACUGACUCCCGGAUCCAAGUUCGUCGCAAAGCCAGACCAGCUGAUCAAGAGGCGAGGCAAGAGCGGUCUGCUCGCGCUGAACAAGACCUGGGCUGAGGCGAGGGAGUGGAUCGAGGCGAGGGCAGGAAAGGAGCAGCGCGUCGAGACUGUCGAUGGUGUACUGAGGCAGUUCUUGGUUGAGCCCUUCGUUCCCCAUCCCCAGGACACCGAGUACUACAUCAACAUCAACUCCGUGCGAGAGGGUGACUGGAUCCUCUUCACCCACGAGGGUGGUGUCGAUGUCGGUGAUGUCGAUGAGAAGGCUGAGAAGCUUCUCAUUCCUGUUGACCUUAAGGAGUACCCCUCAAACGAGGAGAUCGCCGCUACUCUCUUGAAGAAGGUUCCCGAGGGUGUACACAACGUCCUCGUCGACUUCAUCUCAAGAUUAUACGCCGUCUACGUUGACUGCCAGUUCACUUACCUUGAGAUCAACCCUCUUGUCGUCAUUCCCAACGAGGAUAAGACUUCUGCUGAGGUUCACUUCCUGGAUCUUGCUGCCAAGCUUGACCAAACUGCUGAGUUUGAGUGUGGUGCUAAGUGGGCGAUCGCCCGCAGUGCGUCAGCUCUCGGCAUACCAGCUGCUCCCCAGAAGGAUGCUAAGCAGACCAUCGACGUCGGCCCACCGAUGGAGUUCCCCGCUCCCUUCGGUCGUGAGAUGAGCAAGGAGGAGGCGUACAUUGCCGAGAUGGACGCUAAGACUGGUGCUUCCCUCAAACUGACCAUCCUCAACGCCACUGGCCGUGUCUGGACACUGGUCGCUGGUGGUGGUGCUUCCGUCGUCUACGCCGACGCUAUCGCCUCUGCUGGCUUUGCUGGUGAGCUCGCCAACUACGGUGAGUACUCCGGUGCUCCCACCGAGACUCAGACCUUCCACUACGCCCGUACCGUUCUCGACCUCAUGCUCCGCGCUCCUCAACACCCAGAGGGCAAGGUUCUCUUCAUCGGUGGAGGUAUUGCCAACUUCACCAACGUCGCCUCAACUUUCAAGGGUGUCAUCCGCGCCCUGAGGGAAGUCGCACCCCUCCUCAUCGAGCACAACGUCCAGAUCUGGAUCCGUCGUGCCGGUCCUAACUACCAGGAGGGUCUCAAGAACAUCAAGGGUGUUGGCCAGGAGCUUGGCCUCAACAUGCACGUCUACGGCCCAGAGAUGCACGUCUCAGGUAUCGUGCCGCUGGCUCUUAUCCCUGGCAAGACUAGCGACGUUAAGGAGUUCUCUGGUUAA